AUGAACGUGCUGGAGGACGUGUAUGGCGACCUAUUGCAAAUGUUCGACACGGAUAUCAUCCACAUGGGAGGAGACGAGGUCGUCCUUCAAUGCUGGAACGAGUCUGAGGAGGUCAAAAGCUGGAUGAGCGAAAAUAAUUACCCCGGCUUCACAGAAAACGACUUCCUCCGUCUCUGGGGUGAAAAAUUCCAAAGCAGUGCUGCAAGUGCCCUGAGGAAGGCAAACGGUGGCGCCAGCAAGCCCAUGAUGCUUUGGGCAAGUCAUCUUACUGGACCUGGGGCAUUAACCCAAUACUUGAAUCCGGAUGAUUAUAUCAUUCAAGUAUGGGAAAACAUGACAAUUGAGCAAAAUAAGGAGCAUCUCAAACAUAUUCUAAAAAAUGGCUUCAAAAUCAUCAUGUCAAAUGUUGAAGCCUCAUACCUUGACUGUGGUUAUGGACAUUGGUUGGGUCCACCAGAAAAGCUCAAUUGGUGCGCCCCCUACAAAAGUUGGCAAGCCUUCUAUGAGAAUGAUUUUCUCAAUAUUACCCUUAAUUUGACAGCUGGCGAAAUAGAUCCGGAAGUUGUGAAAGACUUAGUCUUGGGAGGUGAAUCAAUAAUAUGGACAGAAACCGUACACAACCAGAGUUUGGAGGGCAAAGUAUGGCCGAGAAGUGCAGCAGCAGCUGAAAGAUAUUGGAGCAACCCAAAAGGACGCUGGCUGGAAGUUGAGUGGCGAAUCACGCAUCAAACGGAGCGAAUGGCACAAUUUGGUAUCCGAACGGAUGCCAUUAGGCCGGAGUGGUGCCGUCAGAAUCCGGCUCUUUGCUAUCUCAUCGGAUUCACCAGCACAUAUGAGAUGUAACUGGAUUCUUUCGCAUGGUCAUUUCAACCUAUGACAUUGUGAACGUGGUUCCAGGUUGGAGAUACUCGAGUGAUAGGUCUUAGCUUGUGGAAGUAAAAAGAAUAAAAAAUGUUCGUAACGUUGUUCUUGCUCCGAGGUGGCGAGGAAAACUGAACAAUGACGUUUUUGCAUGUUGCAAGUGGUUGCAUUAGCUUGAUUUUUUGGCCAGUAAUAAAUAUCUGGUGGUUA